UUUUUCUCUUUAUCUUUAGAUGACUCGUGCAUUGCAAGUCAAGCCAGCCGACAGUGAAAGCAGAGGAGAGGAUAGGAAGCUUUUUGUUGGGAUGUUGAACAAGGCCCAGACAGAAGAAGAGGUCCGUGCAAUGUUCACACAUUUUGGAAAGAUAGACGAGUGUACCAUUCUCAAGGACCCCAAUGGAAUCAGCAGAGGUUGCGCGUUUGUCAAAUUCAGUACAAGGAAAGAAGCAGUCGGUGCAAUCAACAGUAUCAACAUGUCGCAAGUUUCAAAUGGCAUGAAUACGCUAAGCCUGCACAAUCAGGCCAACCCCAAUCUGGUGGUCAAGUUUGCAGAUACAGAGAAAGAGCGUCAGCUACGUCGCAUGCAGCAGAUGUCCAACUCGAUGGGUCUCUUCAACCAGAUGGCUGUCAGCUCACCCAUCUCCCUCUACGGUGGCUACCAGGUCAAUACACAACAAAUGCUCCAACAGCAAGCAGCACUGAUGGCCCACCAGUCCUCGGCCGCCUACAUGAACCCCAUGGCUGCCCUCUCAGCUGCACAACAGAUGAACCAGAUGAACGCUGUGGCUGCCAACGGUUUCCCGGCGGGUACCACGGGUACCAUUCCUACCAGUGGGGAGCACCUCCUAGGUAUGGAGGGAAUCGACCCGGCUCUUACUUCUUGUCUUUUUACAGUCCCUGCCCCGGGCGCCGGCCAGUCGGCGGUCAACUGUGCUGUCAGCACCCCUACCCUUUCCUCGCCCACCAUGCCCACGUACACCCUGGCUGCACAGACUAACGGACAGGCAGACACGCUCUAUACCAACGGCCUACAGUAUCCAGGAGAGUAUGCAGCUGCCAACCAAGCAGCAGUAGCUGCUGCAGCAACAGCGGUUGCUACGGAUCCUCUUCAACAGGCGUACACUGGUAUGCAGCAAUAUGCAGCAACGUAUCCAGCUGCCUUUGGUGGUCUGACCCAAGGGUUCGCCACCACCGCCGCCCAGCAGCCCGUACUAGCAGCGGCCCCUCAGAGGGAGGGUGAGUAUGGACCAGAAGGUUGUAAUCUCUUCAUCUACCACCUGCCUCAAGAGUUUGGCGAUGCUGAACUCACCCAGAUGUUUGUGCCCUUCGGCCAAGUCAUCAGCUCCAAGGUCUUCGUUGAUCGGGUCACCAACCAGAGCAAGUGCUUCGGUUUUGUGAGCUUUGACAACCCGCAAUGCGCUCAAGCUGCCAUCCAGGCAAUGAAUGGCUUCCAGAUCGGUAUGAAGAGACUCAAAGUGCAACACAAGCGCCCUAAGGAUGCCAACAAGCCCUACUAAAGAAUAAACAGAUGCUCUGUAGGGGAAUGCCUUCUAGAGCAGAGGCUGUGCCAGGCUUUGGAUGUUACGCCCCAUCCAGUGUCUGACAAAGAGAGAAAAUUUCUUCUUUUCUCGUAUUCAAAUUUUGAUUCCAUCCUCUACAUGUGCAGUGAUAUGGAAAGAAAUUUGGACAUUGAUUUUUGCGAUGACUGAAUGAUAAAGAAAUCAACUUUGUACAUAUUCUUAUCAAGCUUACUUUGGAAUUUUUAGGACAUUUGUAGCAUUUUGAGUAUAAAAAAAAACUGAUGAAGAUUUAAUACUGAGGAUUGUUGAAUUGCAUAAUUUGUAUAUAUGAUUUUCUUAUUUACAUUACAGUACAUUGAAUGAGUUUUGGUAGAAAAAUCAUGUAAGAAAUGGUAUUCGAUUUGGAAGCUGGUUUUGAUAGAGAAAUGAUGAACUCUCACCUAUACAUAUUGUUACAAUGAAAGGAAAUGAGAAUGUGGAAUAUUUCUUUUAUUUUUACUUUUUGCUUUGAAUUACAGAAAAGAUUCAUGCAAUUAUUAUUUCUAAUGAAUUGUAGAAAGUUCUAUGACACGCUGCAUGUGAAGAAACAAUGCAUGGUUCAUUUGAUUUCAGAAUUAAGACAAGAUGGUGAAAUAUAUAUUUUCUGCCAGCAGUGCUUAUAUAUUAGUGAAUUCGAGAGCAGCGGCUUACAUUAAUCUACAAAACAAAAACAAAUGGUGAGAUGUAACAAGAUGAGAAAGAAGAUUAAGUUUUUAAUAUGCUGUGCUGCUUUUUUUCAAGAGGAAAAAAUGAUUUCCUCAUUCAUGAGUUAUCGUGUUCUUGGUCUGUGCUAUUCUUUCUUCAAAGAAAAACUCAGGCCAAAUCAAAAAGAAGUGCAAUAUUUAUAUGCCAUAUAACCCUCAAGUAGGAGGGCCAAAAGUAGUUGGAAAAGUUGCUCGAUAGGCAAUCGUUUUUCUUUUGUUUGAAAUGAAGGAAUCAUGUAUUACUCCUUUUUUCUUAUUUGUCGUCUUAAGUUAUUGAGAUCAGAAAUCUCAUCUUUUUGUAAGUCAAUCCCCAUGCACGUUAUUUUGUACGUUAAAGCCAAGCUGAUAUAUUUCUGUGUUUAGAGUACUUAUUUAUUGAUUUAAUUUAUUUUCCAUGUUGUGUCGGACAACCAAAGAGUAUGGUGGUGUUUUGUGCAGCAGUCUAGAAUUAGUUUACAUGUUUUAUGUUGUAUUCACUUCAUCAAAUCACUGCUCAUAUCCUCUCAUUCUCUCUGUAUAGAAUCAACCAAUCAAAAUUUUUAACAUCCACAAAUUAGAUGAAACCAAUGCCCCUGAAAUUUCACACACAUGUAAUCACCAAAUCAGAGUUGGAGUUUUCUCUUGUCAGCUAACUUCCCAAAAUGCAAUCUCAUUUGUUCAGUAUAUAAUGCAUUGGUUGCAUUUCUCUCCCAUGUAUUUCAAACAAAAAUAAGGAUUUCUUCUGGAAAUCUUUGAUAAUUUGUUAAAAGAUAUGUUCAGGUAUUGGAGGCAAAUUUGUUUGUUUUUCCCCCCAUAGGAUUUUUCUUCCCCAUAUGACUAUAACCCAAUUGGUUAACUGGAUCUAAAUGGAGUGGUAUAGUACAAACCAACUCCACCAUGGAAAUUAAGGUGUCAGUCACCCUUUGGUUUUUGUAUUUUUAUAUAAGUGUUGAUUUGUACAGAAAGGAGGGGACCAAACAAGAUGCUUUGAUUUUUCUUGGUCAAGAAGAAGAAAACUGUGUGAUCCUUUUGAUAAAGUUUUGUGUUGAAAGACAAUCCAUUGCCAUAAUUCAGUGUAUAUCCAAGAUAAGGAUGGCUUUAUUUUCCUAACUCUGCACCAAAGUUCUGUAGAAAUAAUGGAUGAAUGUGUGUAGAAAGGUAUGCUUUAACAUCCACUAAAUUUGUCAUAAUUUAUAAUGAGUUCUUUUGGAGAUGUGAUGUUCAUAUACACAUAGUAAGUUCAUGAUAGGCUACCAAAAUACCUUUAAAGUAUCAUUAACUACACAUAGUCUACCACCCAGCUACAUGUACUGAUAUACAAUGUCUAGAGAGGAUAUCCUUUUGUAAUCACAUUUCCUCCUUUUUUCUGGGAAUAUAAGAACCUUUUUUGUUAAGGGGAUGUGGCUACUUUUGGAACAAUCAGAAUUUGAUGUAAUUAUCACCAACCCAACCCAAGAGUUCCUUGAAGGGGAUCGAGUCUUCUUCAUACCAUUCCUAUUUUAACUAGCCAUGCCACAUGGAGUACGUUUACCGAUGUUGUUGAGAAUAAUCUAGAUCUAGCGAUUAAUUUGGUAAUUCGCUUGGCGGGCGGGUGCGCCGUCUGUCUCAAGUGAAAAUCACACUCCUGACUCUCUCUCUCUACAUCCAUACUUCAUUAUCUCCUCUCGUAGGACCAAACAAAGUCUUCAUUCCAGGUAGUGCAAACCAUUCUCCUCAAUCUAUUUGCCUGUCCCUUUGCCUGUCUCAUUUGUUCAGCUGUUUGUACUCAACGUUCAUCAGCAGAGUGACCAAAGACUGAACAUGUCUGAGAAUUCCAUAUUCUGUAGUUUUGAAAUCUCUUUCAAAUAUUUUGCAGUUACUUUAGUACCAACAUGAAUAUUGCCUGUUUGGAGCCAGAAGGGUGUUAACUCUCGUAAUUUUUAACACAGAGUUAAUGCCCUUCUGGCUCCUACCAGACAAUAUGGAAGCAUAACAAACAUUACCAUAUCAUAUCAACAAACGCUAUCCUCUAAAUUUCCCGCCUCAGUUGCAGGAAAUGAAUUUUUGGGCUUUGGGAUAAACCGAACAUCAGCAUUAGUUCUCAUGACAAUCAAAACAUAUUUUGGUCCAUUUAUUGGAAAGCAUUGACCAUGUACUUGCCCAUUGGUAAUGUAGUAACUCUGUACAUUCCAUUUUGUAUACAUGCAUGUGCCACUAGAUGCAACUUCUCUCUUCAUUUGCUUUUUAAUUUUAUUCUGAGAGGUUCAGAACAAGCUCUUUCUUUAUGUUAGGUUAAUAUUGCAUGUUUUAUUUAUUUGCAUGUUCAAGAAACACAAGGCAAUGUAGUCGUCAAUGACCAUGUCAAGGAGAGUGAUGAAAAACUGUAUUCAUGCUGUAUGUUGAUGUACUAUUUUGUAUGAUAUCUCAUUAUUUAUUGAAGUUCUGUACAUUUCUCAUUCAUGUACUAUCUAUAUAGCAACGUCAGAAACAUUGCAGCUCUCAUUCAGUUUUAUGAUGGUAAUUGUAUUCAGUGAUCAAGCAUUAUCCGGUAUUUAUGUGGGAAGCGUUUAAAGUACUUAAUCCUGCCAGACAAUGAUUAUACUUUCAACUCAUUUGUAUUCCUGCAGUUUAUAUGUUAUCAAAUGUAAUGCUUUUGUACCAUUUAACAAAUGUUUUGUUUAGAACUUUUCCUUUUAAAGAGGAAAAGUAUUUUAUUUCCAAUUAUAUAAUUUACAUUUUUUAGACUUUGAAAUCAUGAAAGGAUUAUACUUUUUUUGUUCUUGAAAAGACAAAAGUAUCUUAUCUUUAAGGCCAUCAUUGCUAAUUACUUGUAAAGUAUUUUAAUCAUUUGCCUUUCCUGGCCAAUCUUCAACUCAUUGAUGAAGCAAUGCUGCAUCAGUGAAUAAAUAAACACCCCGGUUUUUUUUAGAUCAGAUUUUCAUUCCACAAUUCACAUAUUCAUCUCUUUCCAGAGACAACUCAAUUCACAAACAGUUUUGGUGUUAUGAUUUCAGCUAUUUUAUUGUGAAAUAAAAUGAUUUAUAUUGUGCAAAUGUUUUGCAAACAUCUCAUUAGAAAAUUCACUUCCAAGAGAGCAUAUAGGUAUAAUUACAGUGGUUUAAUUUAAUUAAUCUAUUCAAAAAUCAACCUAAAAUUGCUACAGUAUAAUUCUUAAUGCCUAAAAUAAAAAGAAUGAGAAAACUGAUAUUUGGCAAGUCCAUUCAGAUUUUAAACAGUACCUUUACAGCAGAUUAUUAGUCACACAAUGUACAUCUUCACUUCAUAUGUGAUCACAUGCUUGUAAAUGCAAUCAUUUUGUUCUGUCAUUUUUCUUUUAAAUUUUUGUUAAGUUAUGUACACAAAUGUAGUGAUUUGGCUAAAAAUCUAUGAUUUUUCUCAGACACUUGAAACAACAGCUUAAUUUAUAUUGAGAUCAUGUAGUAUAACGAUUCUUUCACUUCACAUAUAGCUCUAGACAUAUUAUGAUUCUAAAAGUACAUUUACAUUCGUAGCCAGUAGAGUUGUAUGAUAUGUAGAUUGAGAAGAAAAGAUACGAAAAUGAAGAAAAAACAUAGAAAAAUGUAGAUUAGUUAUCUCGGGACUUUCGAGAUGUAGAAUUGACUUCUUAUCUUUGAUUAAAUCUAUCUUUGCAUCACAAAAAGUAGGUGAUUUUUAUUUAUGAUUGAAGCGUUUUUUGAAUAUACCUCUUGAGUGUGGCAUGGAGGAGAAGGAAGAGGAGGACAUGGAUUGAUCCCUUGUGUGACUACUUUAACCCAUUGCCUAAUGGAACUGAGCUGCCCCUGUGAUGAACCUAUGGGGUAUGAGAUUGUAGUAGUCAAGGGGUUAAGGAUGGACUGUGCAAGGCCUGAGGACGAUGGGAACACAUUCCGUUUUAAGAAUGUCUGGAUAGAUCAUACGCUGGAUUGCUCAAGGAGAGAAGCGCUUUGUGCUGAUGGUGAUGCUGCGAAUCACUCAUUAACAUUCAAGGAGAAUCCUCCAAGCCAUCUCGUUGCCAUGGAAACCGUAUCGGCUUACCAGGAGUGGUACUGAAGGACGAGGAGGAAAAGGAACAGAUGGACGAAGAAGAAGAAGAAGAGAAAGAAGUUUUGUAUAGGCUCAGAAGUGAACCAGGAGAGAUAUAAAUUAAGUUUACUUUUAAGAGCAAAGUACUGGUAGCAUGUAAAAUGAAAAUAUAGCAUUGAGAAGAAAAAAAGCAACAGAAAAUAUGAAAAAAAUUAUUAAAAAUAUUUUAUGCACAUUUUGACAGCCAGUCAUUCCGUACCAAGCUCGUAUUUGAAUAAGCAUUUUUUACCAAUGGUACCUUUGAAGAUUAUAGAUAAAAUAUUAGUCGAGAAAUUUGAAGAACAACCAUUAUUUUUUAAAAAGAGUGCAGAAUUUUUGAACUUUGAUGUGAUCUAUUCUGUAAAAUGUUUGGUAUCAGAGUUGAUGUUUGUUAUUUUCUUUUUCAGUUUCAAAUUUUCUUUUUCUGUUUUGAUGGGAUUGUACAAAUUUGCACAAAGUUAUUUCUUUCCUUCAUUCGAGCCGAUGACCGUAGAAUCGGCUUGAAUUGUCAUCAGGCAUUCUAUAUAUAUUUUUUGGCCGUUUUUGUGUUGCAUGUGAAUUCUGUCCAAAAUUGUGGAAUCUGGUGGUAAUUGGUGUUCUAGUGGAAAUGUGGUAUUGGGUAGCGGUAACAAAAUUGGUUCUGUGUUGUGGUGACUUUUGGUGAAACUGGUUGAAAAUAAAUAAGAUAUAUCAUUGAUUUAAUAUAUUAAAGAAAUAAAUAACGUAUAUUAGAUAUUCAUUGAAGGACAAGUUGCAAUCGGCCUUUUAGAUGAUGUACACAAGACAAACAGUAUAUUUCAUGGUAAACAUUUAUGCAUUUUGAUGUUUGUUUUUUGAUGGAGAAGGACAUAGAUGGGUAUACAAUACCAAGCAUCUUAUUGGCACAGUACUGUAAGGGAAAACUUUGUUGUGGAGGAUCCCACAUCAAGCGAAGCCCUAAUUACUUCCAUUUUAAAAAGAUGUAAUGCACUCGUUAGAUAAUCUGCCCAGGGCAUCUGAGAUGGUGUUUUUGUAUUGUUGUUUUUCCUUGGAUGAUAUCUUUUACUGCAAUCUUUUAAAGCAUGAAAAAUGAAGUGCAAGUUUUUUCAGUACAUCAUGUAAAAUCUGUGACAUUUUUUUAUACAAGAUUUAGUGUUCACUACGGGAGUCAUUGUUUGUGUUAUAUAGCAAGAUGGGCAUGUCGUGUUCUGCAUUGAAAUCUCCAUCAAAAUGCAGUAUACACAAUCUUCCACCAGAUGCCUGUGUACAAAAAAGGAGGUACUCCUGUAUUUUAUAUCAUGAAAAGAAGGGAAUUAGUGGUCAACAAAUAUUUUUUUUGCUGUGUUUUAGUCAAAGUGGUGGUAUAAAAGUGAAACUGUUCAACAUCUGUGGUGACAGAAAAAAAAAAUUCUAUGAGAUUUAAAAAAAAACCAGAGCCUUUAUUUUGUUUACCAAAGACCACGAUGUGUUUUCUUUGUACAGUCUACUGAUAUAAGUGUAUAACAUGCUGUCUUUGAAUGGCAUUUUUGAUACUCUAUAUUAUAUACUUUUUAAAGAAAGAAUUCAUCCGUCGUAAAAAGACUUGGUGCGGAAUGGCUGGUCGCAUAGUGCACUUGUAGAAUGUAAGUAUUACUAAUAAAAAGAAACAUUGAUGACGAUGAUAAUGUUGAUGAUGAUGAUGCUGAAGAUGAUGAUGAUGAUGACUACAAGUUUAAACAAUUGUAGAUGAAUUACUUCUAGGAUGCACACCAAUUAUGGUCUCUAGUCACACCCAUCGAAAGUGUUACCAUUAUUUAAUAAGUUUCUUGGAGUGAAGAAAGCGGUUGCCUAUAGAAGGUUGUGCAAAUUAGCACAGAUAGGAAGAGAGAAGGUGACGAUUAUGUAGUUAAGGUGUUGUAUCAUAAACUUUAAAAAAUCAACUCAUUGAGAAAAAAAGAGGAAAAUUUAAAAAUAAAUGCACUGAAAGCACAGUACAAUAUUGAUCUAA